CAUGUCAUUUCACAUCAGUGCAGAGAUCUAAUACAUACUGAGAAAGCACAAAGGAACAUCAUUUUCUUACACCUCCCUCCUCUCAUAAUGCAGCUGCCAGGCCUUAUUGGUUUCAUUUCAGUAUUGAUUCUGGCUUGUAAUUCAAAAGAUACAAAAUGGAAAAUAAAUGUCGAAAGAAAGAUCACAGCACAACCUGGAUCAACCGUUACCAUACAAUGCAACUUUAGCUAUCCAAAGGAAAUCUCCACUAAUAAUGUUACAGUUUUUUGGAAAACGUCAUCAGUAGAUGACCAAAGUAACUGCAGUAACGGGGACAAAGACAGGAAGGCAUUUGUUUUUAACCCAAAUAAUCACUGUGUGCUUGAGAAGUACCGAGGAAAGACUAAGCUCAUUGGAGACCCGAACAAGGGCAACUGUUCUCUCCAGAUCACCGACAUCACAGAUAUUGAGCAAGCGAUCUAUGUAAGAAUUGAUGUGCAGAAAGAUAAAUACAGUUUCAUCAAGGACCUUGUCCGUGUCUCAUUUUCCAUAAAUGAGACGGGGGCUUCUAAGCCAGGUACCGAUUCCUAUACGACUCAAGACCUUUUAACCACUGAAACAACAAUAACAAAAGCAAAUGAAAACGACACGAGCCAUGCAACAAUACUGUCUGUAGCCAUCCCUGCAGCAGUUCUUGUGGUGAUCAUUCUUCUUGUUGCUGGGAUAUUUAUUUUUAUAAAAUACAAGAGGUCACGCAGUCUCACCAGGGAGGACUCUGGAUACUAUGCAAACUUUAGCAGAGCACUAUCAAACCCACCCAAAAGAGAAGUCAGUUGUGACAGACAAACUAAGAAGCUGCCUGAAGGGAAAGCUAUUGAUGAUCCUGUUUACAUCAAUGUCAAGGCUCCAACAAAUCACUUGGCUCCAAACAGCAGUUGUGCAGACAAUAUAUAUGCAAAUGUGGAUUACAGAACUUAGAAGGACAGCUGCAUGUCAUUAGUGUACGAUGCUUUCUACACAUGUUCAUGUGUUUGCAUUACUAUGUGCCUCUAUACAUUUCAUGCAGGUCUUAAUAUUUUUUGUCUUUUUUGAGAGUGUUCACAUAUGCCCAAAAAACCCCUGACUAGUCGCUGUGGGUUCAACUGAAGGAUGAAAGUGUGAAAACACUCUAAAUGACCAAAAAAAAAAAAAAAAAGCCUGCACAGCAUUGCAAAACAAUGAUAAUUCCUUUUUUGCGUACUUGUGAUUGCAGACCUUCAGAUGGUCAGACAAGAAUGUUGUUUCAAAACAUGAAUUUAUGUAAAAAUGAUAUAGCAUAAAAUCAUAAGUGAGAUGUCAAUGUUAGAGAUGGGGAACAGUAGACACACAGUAACAAUAAUCUUUCUCCAACCCUAACAACAUUACCUUUGUCAGAAAAAGUCUUCUCCUAGCCUUACUUGUGGCAUAUUGUGUAAUUGGAGAAUGAAAACCUGUUAGGAUUGAAAAUUAGGAAGGAUUUCAUUUUUUUGUCAAAUGCUUUGGGUUUUUUUCUUUUUAAGAAAUCUGCCAUUGCAAUGUUCUUGCCCAGUUUGCCUAAUACAGGCAAUAUAUGCUGGUGAGCAUAACAAUACUGUAACCAAUACUGAUGACAGUAACUUUGCCAAAUAGUCUGUAGCAAUAAAU